AUGUCCACCUUGUCUCAGAGCAAGCUUCGAAGAGCUCAUCUGCCACUGUGGAAGGACCGUGAUAGACCCGCCCAUCGCUUGCGGCACGCAGGUGCGCUGUAAUUUUCCCUGUAUUCGGGGAGGACCUCCAUGUGGACAUCCCAAACAACCGCACAAUUGCCACGAGAACGAGGAUGGAUGCCCGCCCUGCGUAUACUUGGUAGAGAGAGCUUGCAGGUGCGCCAAGGCCAAUACGGUUCCAAACGUGCCUUGCUCGAGGUCUGUCGAUCUGGUUUCGUGCGGCGUUGUUUGCGGAGCGACGCUCAGCUGCGGAUAUCACAAGGAUGCGGCCCUGUGUCACUCGGGCAAGUGCGCACCUUGCAACCAGACGUGCGGCAAACCUCGACCGAUCUGCGGACACGCGUGUCAGAAGUCUUGCCACGCUCCAUCGGCAUGCCCAGAGUCGGAAGCUUGCUCAGCCAACAUCACCUUGGAAUGUCCUUGCGGCAAUCUCCAACAGAGAGCACGAUGCGGCGCGUCCAUCCACUCCAAACCGGCCACGGAUAGGAAGCUGAAAUGCACCGACGCUUGUUCCAUAGCUGCGCGCAAUGCAAAGCUUGCCGAAGCGCUCGGGCUUAAUCCGAUGGAGAAAGGCGCCAAAGCGGAGUACCCCCUCCCACUCGUCGACCACUUCUUGACGAAUCGCAGGGCUUGCGAAGAGACGGAAAGGGCGUUUGCGGAUUUCAUCCACUCUCCCAGACACGGAAUGGUACUGCCGAGUGCGGGCAAGCAGCAAAGAGAUUUCGAACUGGCUCUUGCGCCCCAUUACAAUCUCAUCGCGGAAAGCUUGGACGGCCGUUCGACGUCUCUUAGAAGACAGCAGACGAGCAAGAUUCCCAGUCCGACCUUGUCUCAAGCGGCGGGCCUCGUUGCUUCGCAAAGAGCGUCAGGUCUGGCAGCGGGGCCCUCAAGGCCCACGGCACUCGGUCAAUUGAAGCGCCCCGAGUCUUUCACGACAUCGACUGGACCUCGCGCACCUCUGAACGCCAUCCUGCUCGAAAAGGUGUUUGGUCAUGAUGCGACAUCGCUCGAGGCUCUAUUGCACAGUCGCGCUCUCAAAGGUUCCGCUAUACAGCUCAGAUGGAUAGGUGACGAAGAUGUCGUUGUCACGAGCGAUACGGUACCUGCUGCACGAUUGUUGGCCGUGCCCACACUAGCAGCUCUUCGACAACACGCCAAGACGGAGCACUUUGCAGCGAGCGUCGUCGCUGUAGCAUUCGACGGUCUGUCGAAGCGCGUCAUAAGAAAAGACGAUGGGGAGAACAAGACGGGCUCGACGAGCGCAUCUGCAUCUGCCUGGGCUGUCAACAUGUCCAGGACCGGCUCGGCAUCAGGUUCGGGCACUGUUACGCCUACUCACUCGGCACCUAGGGCCGGCGGCUGGGCAGCCGUAGCAUCCGGUGCGCUAGCCAACAAGAACAACCCCUCUCGUGAGAACCCCAAUGGUCGGUCAACGAGCGCAUGGGAAAGUCUCAGCGGUGCUGGUGUGCCUCGCCCUAGCGAUGUCAUGCCUGCGACAGCGCGAACGGGCGGCUCGAUGACGUUGAAUCCCGCACCUCCACUUCCUGCUGCUGCAUCUACCGACCUGGUCGUCGACUCGUGGGAUGCGGAUGAUGGAUGGCUAUAA